AAUUUGAUCACGAGUGUUUUGAAUGCAAUCUUUGUAGUGUGGACUUCCUCUCUCGCGAGAAAGUGUCAGAAUGGCCUGUGCCCACUGCGUAGAAAGUAUUCCGGUGUUAGAUCUUCGUCAGUUACACAUCGGAGAUCACAUAGAGUUUGGAAGGUGCAGCUACAUUAAGACAUUUCUGAAUUGUCUGCUCGGGUAUUGUCCUAUUAAUAAGCAUAUCAGGCUUGGGUAUCUUUAUUUCCACCAUGCCAUCGUUACAGAAAUUGACCAUGCUAGACGAAAAAUUACGUUGAUAGAAUUUGCCAAGGAGGAUACUUCUCUGUCAUCUUUUUACAAAUCCUUUUCGAAGCCAAUCAUUCGGGAAAGACAAAUGAAUUUUGACGAUAUACAUGAACACAUGUAUCGUGUUGUUCAUAAGAAUUUAGGAUCAUCUCCCCCAAAUUCUCAACAAAUUGUCAAAAAUGCACGACAUAUGCUCGAUAAAGCCAAAGACGAGAGAUAUAAUGGGUUUUUGAAUAACUGCGAACACGUGGCGAAUUGGUGUGUAACGAAACGUCGAAUAUCAAUCCAAAUCAACCAAAUCACAGAGAGAAACAUAUCAAGACUGUUGUCCAAGCCCCCCAAAUGGUUCAAAUGCAUGAUCGGGUACCUGGGAAAAUUUCUACUGAAGUUUGUACAGAGAUUUGAAAAAGUAUUGGAACGUAUGGAAGGUUCAAAAUUGUUUCCAGCCUUCAGUUUCAUUAAACGAUAUUUAGGUAGCUGGCUUGCUUGUGCGUUCAUCAUUGCAAUGAUUUUGAUGGCCAUGGACAUCAUUCGAUUUCAUUCGGCAUGGAGGAACGAGGAGCUUUGUGGAUCGUGUGUCCAGAGAUGGGUUGUCAAAACAGCUUACAGAGUACUAUCUAUGCUGCCAUUCGGGAUGUUUCUAUUUAUAUGUGCUGUUGGAUUUCGUUUCACGGGAUUUUUAACCUAUGACUCAUUAUAUAGAAAGUCUUAUACAUAUACAGAACUGCUGACACUGAGAACGAUAAAGCCCGGUGACGUCAUCACAUUCAAUCUCUACAUGCCAUUUAGCUUUCAUGACGUUGUUGUCGUUAAAAGUAUCGAAACACUUACUGCGGGAAAUAUGCAGCCUUUAAAGAAGCCUCUUUCGUCCAUGAGCGAGGCUGAAGUUUUUGAACAGUCGCUAUCAAUGUUGAAUGAUUUCUUUCGAGAUAAUAUCACUGAAGAAGAAUAUUGUUCAUUUCAAUACCUGCGCAUGAAUGCUAAAACAUCUGAAAAGUGGAUCAAACCUGGAACAUCAGAUCAGGAGGUAGAUGUGUUUCAGGAAAAUUCAAGGACUCGUACAAUAAAGAGACAUGGUUAUGAAUGGAAAUUCACAACAGACGUAAAAGACAAGGAAGAUAUUCCAAGUGUGUGCUUUCUUUACGAUGAUAAAAAUAUCAAAUUUUACCAUGGCUUUUGCGGAACGUAUGAAGUGGAAAUUGUUCACUACGAUUUAGAGCGAGGACUGCGAUUUCCAGAUGUUUUUAUUCAAGGGAAGAGAGUUGUAAAGUUUGAAAGAAAAACACUUAAUCCAGGGAAAAAGCAUACCAUAUACCAAAAGGAUUACGCAAAAAUAUCAGCAGCCUAUAGAAAUAGUCCAGGAAAUACCGUAGGAAAGGCACUAAAAAAGAUCGGAGAAAGACAAUGGACUUUUUCCUCAAGAUGGUCUUCUCAUUUGGCAGAUGAGUGUGCACUCGUGGACCCUGAAUCAUAUUAUAGUCGUGGAUAUAGAUUUUCGAGAAUUGUUCAUACCCGUUGCUUUGAAUUACUUUAUGCUGAAACAACGCAUCGCCUCUCUGGUCUAGCUGUUCUGGAUUAUGUACUGAGCCACAUUAAUGUAGAUCACUUAAGACUCGAUUAGCUUUCCUUGUGAAGAAUUCUCAGUGGUUUAUCAUCGCUUACGUUAUCAUCGACGUUUUACAUCUUCGAUCUCGUAUCCGUAACAACUGAACUAUUUUAACCAAAAUCAAGCACAUACCAAUGUUGGGUAUUGAUAAUUCGGGUUUUUCUGGCUGACAAGCAGUGUUAUGAAUUUAUUUGAAUGUGCAGUGAAAUACAUGUAAUGUGUAGAUUUGUAAGGGAUAUUAAUAAUUGAGAUUAUUCAAAUUAUUGUUGUGUGAUUCCUUCCUUUAAUGAGCCCAGAUUUCUUGGUUUGAAAAAGAGGAUUUUCAAUUUAUUUUCAUUACGUCCAAUUGAAAAAACAAAACAACCCAUCAUAUCUAUUUCAAUGGGAGAUACUUGAAAAUAUUCUUCGAAUCAUCUUCUUCACAUUAUCUUGCCCAGGUUAUAACUUUGGUAAUAAUUUCCUUCUGCAGUGAAGAUUAGAGUUGAAAUUGUCUAUUAAUUUAUGAAUCUCUUUAUGUAUCUGUUGUCGGAAUCAUUUACAUGUAACGUAGUAAGACGGCAUAACCUUGAUAUUUUCAUACGAACGAUUUUAAUCACUUGCCUAUAAUGAGAAGCUUUGAAAAAUAUGAUAUUUAUUCUCAUUGGAGAUCUCUUUUGCCAGGUCAUCGAUAAUCACUUGAAUCACCAGAACGUCUAACAUAAGGGGGUAUAUUUUAAACGAAUUUUGGUGAAAUGUGAUAAAAUCAUUUAUCCGUAAUAGUAAUCAUAAAGAUUCCAAGUACGUUUUAAGAAUGAGUUUUGAAUACAUUUUGUAUAGGAUUAAGCCUUACAUUUAAUUAGAUAUUUAGUAAUUGUGAUUUAACAUAGCUAAAAUAAUGUAUCAUUCACAUCGGCGCUUCAACACUGUGUUCACUACGCGCCUCCCAGCCAUGCCAUUUAUAUUUUACAAUAUGAGUGAACAAGGUUAAUCAGAUGGUGACCUAUUAGUAUUGCCGUAAAUAGUCGUAAUAUACAUGUAUCAACACGGUAUACCAUAAAGUGGAUCAUAAUGUUUUUCUAGAAUACGGAUCGGGCAUAUGCACGAUGUUUCAUUUGAAAUCAUUGUGGAGAAACAUGUCUCGUCAAAUCUAACGUUUAAAAAACCCCAUUGUUUGACAUUUCUGAGUUUCCAUUCCUCGAACAACAGUCAGUUGUGGUGAUGAAGUGAUCUUGAGCCGUUUCAUAGAACAUUCAAGGAUGACAAAAGGAAAGUGUGGUGAUUCUAAACCGGAAAUAAAUAGUUUGUUUAACGUUUACAUAAUUCUGGGAAGUAUUUGAUUUGUCCCCUAUUCUCUGUACUUGAAUGAUGGAUUUCCAAGUGAGCAAACUUUGGGAUGUCGACAGAUAUGAUAUAUAUAUGCAUUCUAUGCGAGUCUAGAAAUACUGGUGAUCAAUUGUAUUACUUCCCGGUGUGUCAUUUUUAAAGAUCUGAUAGAAAGGGGUGUAUAGCUAAAUAUGAUAUAAUGGUAUCAACAAUGUAGUUAGAAAUCAUGAUUUAUUGAGUAAUGAAGAUGUGUAAGUCCUCUAUGUUCUUGCUAAAUUAUGUAAAAUCUUGUCAAUAACCGCGAAAUCAAUGAACUGUAAUUUAUAAUCUUCGUAAACAACGUAUCUCCUAUACUUUAGAUCACACCAUGUCUACAGAUCUACGUUUAUUCACAUUGUUCCUAUUUUAUGUAUAUAACGUGUAAUUUCAUUCAUAUACCCCAGUUGGAGUCUUUGUCUUAAUACAAACUUGAUACUUCAACAAUUGUUAUAUUCGAUAUAGAAUGUUCAUGAUUUUAGAAAUAUCGCGUGCUUGAUGAUAAACAAGUUUGUCAUGUGAUUGAUAGAUGAACAUUUGUUGAUCAGUAGUCAUUGAGACGUGUCGAUAUUGACAGUAAUACGCCAAAAUGUAUCUAGAUAAAGAAAAUUAUGUAAUGCAAAACAAAUGUUGUAGAAUGACAUAUUGUUUGUAAUACAGAUUGACUAAAGGGAUGUUACAUAUUUAGCUGUGAAAGUGAUGGCAACGAUUUUAUUCUCUCCUCAAAAUCUAUCAAUGGCAUAGGAAUAUAUAUCAAUGACUAAUAAAAACAUCUAUUUUGUAUACAGAGAAGAAAAUCUUUAAAUUAGUAGCCGCUUUUAGUUUAUAUAUUAGAAAUAUAUAAGGAAGAAUUACUGUCUUGCAGAGCAAUAACUAUUUCAGCACAAGAAUCACAUAUUCAAGUGCAUGUUUUAAGGUUAAAAGUGUUGGAAAUAAUUAAAUACUGGUGUUAUGAACGAAGUAUAUAAUAUAGAGCAAUUUUCAUUGAAUACCAUUUUUAGUAGACUUGCUCAAGUCUCUCUGUUUAAUAAUUAAUACUUUUUAAUAAUGAAUGACUAUGUUUGGUGAUAUUUAAGUAUGGUACAGAGGAGAAAUUUGGAGGUAAUGAUAAGGUAAUACAACCACAUAGAGACUUAAGGAAGUCUAAAUUUUUGAUAACAAUAUUACAAAUAAUGCUCCAUUAACGUGAACGGUGAUUAUAUGAUUUAAUAAUUUCUGGUUCUGUUAUUUAUUAAAAUUCAUACAUGAU